AUGGCGCCCAGCCGAAGGAAAGGAGCUAGCAAAGCCGCUCAGGCCGCCGCUGCUCGCCGCCAAUGGAAGGUCGGCGAUCUUGUACUUGCUAAGGUCAAAGGCUUCCCUGCUUGGCCUGCUACGGUAAGCGAGCCUGAGAAGUGGGGUUACUCGGCUGAUUGGAAGAAAGUACUUGUCUACUUCUUUGGAACCCAACAGAUAGCGUUCUGCAACCCUGCGGAUGUUGAGGCAUUUACUGAGGAGAAGAAACAGUCUCUUCUGGGCAAGCGUCAUGGAAAGGGUUCAGAUUUUGUUCGUGCAGUCCAGGAGAUCAUUGAUAGCUAUGACAAGCUGAAGAAAGAGGACCAAGUUGAUGAUUUCAACUCCACUGCAAAUGGAGGGAACUCAGUGGACUCUUCGUCCAACUUUGGUUCGAAGGAUCAGUCCGAAGCUCCUGAAGCUAUUCUUGAUUCACGCUCGAAAUCUUCACAUUCAACGAUUGAUAGAAAUGAGCCAAGUUUAUCUGUUGAGGAUGCUUCAGCGACUGCACAAAUAGAUGCAAUGGUUGAUAAGGAGGCCCUAAUUGAGGAACCUGCUGCCACAGAAAUGGUUACUGAAACACCUCUGCCAGUGACCUGCUCUUCAAGAAAAAGAUUAAGACAUUCGCGACCACAGAAAGAGGAAGCACCAGCUCGUAGAUCAAGAAGCUCAUCUAGGAUGGAAUCGCGUAGAUUACGGAACUUCACAAUGCCAUGUGAUGAUGAUGCCAAGGAUGCUAGGGACGUAUCUGGUAAUCUAGUUCGAGAUAGGUGUUUAAGAAGGAAUAAACGAAUACGGAAAUCACCUGAUAACUCUGAGUGUGAUGAUGUGAAUUCAGCUGCUUUUGUUUCAAAUGGUUUUAUUGAAGACAAUGGUUCUGAAGUAGUCACAGUUGAUUCUGACACAUUUAGUCUUGAUGAAGGUGGUGCUAUUGAUUCUGGUUGUAAAGGUGAACAUUCAGAGACUGUUGUCGAAUGCAUGGAUGGUGAUGCUCAGUUGAUCAAAGGACUUGAUCUAGGAGGUAAGGUUGUUAUUAAGAAGAAAAGGAAGCCAAACAGAAAGCGAGUUACUAAUGAUGUAUCUGAGCCUAUUAGUAUGUUGGACAAGGAGCCAGUUUUGGAGGUUGGUUUGCAAAGCAGUAGUCAGACUCUGCAGACUGAUUGUGGAAAGAUGAAUGGGACUUGUUCCAAGGAAAAUGGAACUUCUUCUAAGGAAGAUGGAGAUGAGCACUUGCCAUUGGUGAAACGAGCCAGGGUGCGAAUGGGCAAACCAUCUUCUGCUAAUGAGGAAGCUGAUAGCUUUGCGCACAAUGAAGAAAGUUUGAAGGAAGUUAUGGUCAAUUCAUCAGAGCCGAUCAGCACAUCCUCUAAUUGUGAUGAAAAUUUCCCUGCUGCUAGGGACUCAUUUGUGGUAAAUGGAGCUCUGGAUAAUAUAACACCUUCAAGAGGUUGCACUCGAAUUUUGGGAAAUAGGCCUCAGCUUUGGAACACCAAGAAAGACCAAUCAUUUGGUUCCUCUGCUGAUGGUGAAGCUGUUUUACCUCCAUCUAAGCGUCUUCAUCGCGCUCUAGAAGCCAUGUCAGCUAAUGCUGCUGAAGAUGAUGAUAGAUGCCAUUAUGAAUCUUCAAUCUUGAAGAUGUCUACUAUUGGUUGCCAUAUUUCAUCCACGAGCAGAUGCCUCCCUAUCACUGUGGAAAGUGAUACAGGGAAUGGUUUGGGACUUCAGAGUGACGACUCUUUGGGCAAUAAAGCUUCAGGUGUUGAUGCUUCUAGAUUCUCUAUCAGUUCAAACCCUGUAACCUUGGAGGAAAGUACUAAAUCAGUUGUGGAAGUGGAUGUUGAUCAAAGAACUGAGAGUCCUAACAUUCAAAUUCAUGAAUGUUCAAUUAAUGAUUUUCCAGAAUCUGGGGACCUUGCUGAUGAUAAAAAUCUUAGUGGUGGUUCUUCUGGUUGUCACACUAUUGGAACUGCAGUCCAGACUGAAAGUCCAGUGCAUUUAUUGCCUAAUAUGGAUAUAAGAGAGGCUGGUACUGGAGCUAAUCAAGCUUCAAUGGGUGAGUUGCCUCUGAAGGGCGGAGGUGAUGCUAAAAAUGAAUUGAGCAAUUGUGAUGCAGAAAAUCCUGAUAUUGAAUGUGAUAUGUCAGAGCCUGCUCUGAAGAGCACAGAUCCUGUAUCAGGCACCAUCCAUGGGAUGGUUGAAGUUUCACCUCGAAAUGAUGCAAGUCCGCGUCACUUUGGUGGAGAAGGUGCCAGUGUGAAUAUCGAGUCUUUGGAUCCUCGUUCUGAAGAUAACAGAGAGGUCAAUGACAUGUUUGAUGUUGUGAAAGAGGUUGAAAAUAGACAAACAGAAAAGGAUCCAGGUUCAGUUUCUUAUCCAAAUGAGUAUUUAGGUGAGAAAACCGUAUCUGGUAUCCGGUCAAGUCCAUCCGUAACAGAUGGAGGAGAUUCUCUUGCACAAGCAUCGCCUCCCAAUACCUCAGGUUGUCGCAUGUCUACUUCAGAUAGUAGUAAUAUUCUUCAGAACAAUGGCAGUUGUAGUCCUGAUGUUGAUUUACAAGACAAGAGAACUUCAUCUACUCCAGUUGAUGAGGAUGGAAAGUCUGAAUCAGUGGUUAGUCAAAGACCAAAAUCUGUGGGCAGGUAUGAAGAAGCACUUGCUGCUCUCACUUCAUUUGAGACAACGCUUGGAACAUUGACAAGGACCAAGGAGAGCAUUGGUCGAGCAACUCGUGUAGCCAUUGACUGUGGAAAGAUUGGUGUAGCCGCGAAGGCAUUGGAAAUUCUUGCCCGUCAUUUGGAAACUGAGUCAAGGUUACACAGACGGGUGGACUUAUUCUUCCUGGUGGAUUCAAUCACUCAGUACUCUCGAGGUUUGAAGGGUGAUGGUGGUGGUAUGUACCUUUCUGCAAUCCAAGCAGUCCUGCCACGGUUGUUGUCAGCUGCUGCUCCUCCUGGAAGUGCUGCACAUGAAAAUCGCAGGCAGUGUCUAAAGGUUUUGAGACUUUGGUCGGAAAGAAGGAUUUUUCCAGAGUCCAUAAUUCAUCGCCAUAUGCGAGAACUGAAUUCCCUUACUGGGCCUUCUUCUGCUGGUGCCUAUGGUAGGCGCUCCUCGAGAACAGAAAGGUCUUUGGAUGAUCCUCUUAGAGAAAUGGAGGGUAUGCUUGUUGACGAAUAUGGAAGCAAUUCAAGUUUUCAACUUCCGGGAUUUUGUAUGCCUCGCAUGCUCAAGGAUGAACAUGAUGGAAGUGAUUCUGAUGAGGAAAGUUUUGAAGCUGUCACUCCUGAGCAUAAUCCUCGUGGGCAUGAAGAAUAUGAAACCACACCUGCUACUGAAAGGCAUAGGCAUAUCUUGGAAGAUGUCGAUGGAGAGCUUGAAAUGGAGGAUGUCGCUCCUUCUUGUGAUGUUGACACAAGUUCAUCUUGUGGUGUUGCUAUAGCUAAUACUAUGCAGGCUUCACAUAAUCAGUUUGAACAGAACUGUCCAUUGCCCCUUGCCCCUCCAUUACCUCAAGAUGUGCCACCAUCAUCUCCUCCACUACCAUCUUCUCCUCCGCCUCCGCCACCACCACCACCUCUGCCUCCACCUGUUGUCAUCCACCCUCCAUGUUCUAACUUGGAUGUGCAUUUGCAGAACGUGCAUGAAAAUAGAGUUCAACCUCCACCUCAGCAGUUGAAUGCACCAAGAAUCAACCAAACAAUUUCUGAUGCCGUGCACUAUCGUGCCCCUGAAUGUAGAGAUCUUCAAAGACAGAUGCCUGAUUCUACUUCUUGCUCUUAUAGUAGUUUUCCUACAUAUUCAGGGAGAAAUGUUCCACAAACGGAUGGUGCUACCUUUCAUAAUAAAGGUUACCCUUUACGACCACCUCAUGCUCCACCAUCAAAUCAGUUCUCUUAUGUUCAAGGAGAUCAGCAGGUAAAGCCUCGACGGGAGGCGCCGCCUCCUUAUCACAACAGAUUUGACUUUGGGCCGAAUGGGGACAGAGAAAACUAUUACAAUAAUCAUGAAAGAAUGAAACCCCCUUAUGAGCCCCGUGAGAGCUGGGGGUUUCCUUCACAUUCUUUUUCUGGUCGAUAUCCUGACAAAGGCAAGACGUCUUAUGGAACUGCCCCCUUUCAUGGCCCCCCCAUGUGA